CUCUGUCUUGCUCCAGUAUGUGGUGGGGCCCCUCUAAAUGUUCGGAUCGUUGGGGGCCAGACAGCGUCCCCGGGGUUCUGGCCAUGGAUGGUCUCGAUCCGGCCUGGAGAGAGAGGACAGCCCCACGUCUGUGGAGGGUCCCUCAUCAACCAGCAGUGGGUUCUGACGGCCGCUCACUGCCUCGAUCCGCUACGUGACCGAGAGCCAAUCUUUGUGUAUUUGGGCCGACACAACUACUCCGACCCAAACCCGAACGAGGUGGAGCGUCGCGUGAUCACCGUGAAGCGCCACCCGCAGUUUGAUGAUGUGUUUUUCGACUACGACAUGUGCCUCUUGGAGCUGGACAGCCCGGUCACAUUCAGUCAGUACAUACAGCCCGUGUGCUUGGCCGCUAGGGGGAGCUCUGUGCACAGCGGGGUCAGCGCGUGGGUCGCAGGCUGGGGAUUCACGAGCGAGAAUAAUUUCACGUUUCCGGCGGCUCUGCGGGAGGUCAGUCUCCCCAUCAUCGGAGACAAUCAGUGUGAAUGUGCCAUCCCCUUCUUCCUCCCCCCGGACACUCUGUGCGCCGGGUACUCAGAGGGGGGCAAGGACGCCUGCCAGGGCGACUCGGGUGGCCCCCUGGUGGUAAAAGAGGGCCGGCGCUGGGUGCAGGUGGGCGUGGUCAGUGUCGGCGAAGGGUGCGGGCGCGCUGAGACCCCCAGCGUCUUCAGCGAAGUGUCUCUGUAUGAAGACUGGAUCAAGAAUGUGACAUCCUCUAGUAAAAGUCCCGGCUUUCUUAACGUUACAUCAACAGGAGAAGAUCCAGAUAAAAGUUUUAGCUGUACUACACCUGCUGCUGCUACUACUACUACUACUAUUACUACUACUACUACUACUAACACUUCUCCUACUACUAUAACUACUACUAUUAAUGUUAACACAGAUGAUGACUACUUCACUACUCCUACUGCUACUACUACAAAUAUUACUACUGAGGAAGAGGAUGAGCUCACCACUACUACUGCUACUACUGUUACUACUACUUAUCCAACUACUACUCAAACUACUACUACUACUACUGAAAAUGACGGUGGAAACGAAAGUAUUUUUGACCACGGGGAGAGCUUUGUGGUGAACCUGAGUCAGGUGCUUUACUUGUUUGGUUUGGCCUUGUCACUUUUUGUGUUGGGUUAGGGAUUCUAUUACUACAUAGAAUACUAGAGUACAAGAAUACUACUACUACUACUACUACAACAAUUGCUAUUACAGCUACUACACCCUUCACUGCUACUAUAACUACCACUACUACAACUGCCAACUUCUUCUACUUCUACUACUAUUACUACUACUACUCCUACUACUACAGCAACUAUUACAACAACUACACCCUGCAGUGCUGCUGCUGCUACCACUGCUACUACUGCAAAAUACUAUUACUACUGCCACUACUACUAUUGCCA